AUGGUAAGACUGUGACCAUGCCCUUUUUAUUAACCCCCUUUACAUUUGUAUUUCUGUUGUCAUUUUUCCCCUGGAGGAUUUACUAUUUCAAACACAGAGUAAAAGUUAGCAGCACAAAUCAAAAGUGGACUGUGUCAAGAGGGAUUUUUUUAGGCCCAAUCCCAAACCCCCUACACACUCGCCCUUCACUACCGAGUGUCUCUCGUAAUAAAGUUACACUCGCAGCUGUGGAGUGCGCGUCAUUUGAAACAGGAGUGUAAACAAAACGGGCGGGUAUGGGACGCCCUCCUCACUCCACUGGAAAAUGGAAAGUUUCAUCGCCAUUUUAACACAAAGACGCAUCCCGUGCAUGGCAGCGUUUCUUUUCUUAGUAACAGGGCAUCAUGUACAGUUCUGAGCCGCUCGUUUCUUCAUCCUCCCAGUAAAAUUAUAAAUCCAGCAACCAUCACAGUGACAGGAGCUAAAUUAAACUUCUGAUUGUUAGUGAUUCCACGUCUUUGAACCCCCUUAAUGUCAGCACAGAGUACGAUUUUGGAGUUUUAUUUGAUCUUUCCAAACCAUGUCUUAAGGGUUUUUUUUUUUUUUUUUUUUGUCAGUAAGACAAAGGUGGACACAUACGGAACUUAUAUUUGUAUGUUGUUUCCUCCUCCUCCAUUUUUGCUGGUGAUACAACCAGAUUCAGACGAUACAACCACUCCACAAAGGCCAAAAAAGAGUGAUUCUUAUUGCAAAUGCUGUAAACAUGUUUGUCAGAUAGACAAACUGAAUGUAAACUGGCUUUUGGCAUAAGGAAUGGUGUCCCUUAAAAGAGAAAGACUUAACUGCUUGUGUUUUAAGGCCACCAAACCUGACAUUUUGUGUUUUCCUCACAGGAGAGCAACAAUGAUUACAAAGGCAUGAGCUUCAGUUUGGAUUCAGACGACCAAAACAGCCAAGGAGUGAGCAGCAGCAGCCGCUUAUUGACCUCCCCUGACAGUGAAUAUGAAGCAGCAGGGCAGAACUCCUCUAAGUGUGUACAGACGGACCUUGACAAACCUCAAGACUGUGACGAAUUCUAUUUCAUGAACCUGGUGAAAAUCUUCAAAAAGCUGUCCCCUGAGAAAAAGGCCAAUGUCAGGUUGAAAAUCGAGAGACUCCUCUUUGAAGCAGAGUUUGUGUAG